GUUAAAUGUGUUGAAUAAUAUAUAUCGUUUUAUGUCUUCCAGAUGCGAGACGUUAUCCGCGAGAGCACAAUAAGAAGAAGCACAUUAUCAACCAGCUUUGGCAAAAAAUCUUUUCGCCGUCCAAAGAGUAAAAAAACAUUGUUUUAAAUUUCAACAUUUGAUGUUUAAUAUUUCCAUGUUUCCUUGUUUUUAUUAGUUUAUUCACUCAACUUUUUAACCAAACAAAACAUCGUUUGUUUUCUCAGAUUCCAAUAGUUCACCUAGCAAGACAGUCGGCUCAGGCCUAAACCAGAAGAUGGCUGAAAAGAAUGCGAGGCUGAAAUUGGAGAGCAGCAAAUCUGAAAGCGGUGGCUAUGGCGAAUUGAAUGUUUCUGUUGCUGAGGAAGCGAAAGAAGAUGAUCCCUACGUUACGUCUCCUGUCCAAAGUAAGUAAUGUUGGGGACGUUUUCUUGGCCCAAAAUGCAUGAUUAAUUAUUUGUGCACCUGUUUACAUGCAGUAACGUUAUUCAUACUGGAUAUAUAGCUAUAUCAAGUCCAGAUGGUUAAAAGUGCCAUUCGCUGUUGUACAUCGAGGGAACCUGUAUAUCUGGAGAAAAUUUGCGGCGUUUAAUGAAGUCAAACUUUAGUCGUUCUUCUUACAUGCGACUGAGGAUUUAUUAUCUGUAUAUUUAAAUAGCUUCGUUCUGUGAUUAACACGUAAAGUAAACAGUGUUGAUAAACAAAAAAAUAACUAACAUCCACAUGAACUUUGUUCAAUAUAGAGAAUGAAGAGACACGCCACAGUUCACCGAACGCGUCCGUACGAAGUGAACAUUCCCUAGGCAGAGACAACGAUGCAGUUGAGAUGGAUAGUAAUGGUUACCUCAGUGGAGAGUCAGAGAAUUCGUCUUCUGCAGACAGACCCUCAGAUAAUGAAGACGCUCAUUUAACUGUAUAAUAUUACUGUACUGUAUAAUGCUACUGUACUGUAUAAUGUUACUGUACUGUAUAAUGUUACUGUACUGUAUAAUGUUACUAUACUGUACUGUAUAAUGUUACUGUACUGUAUAAUAUUAAUACUGUACUGUGUAAUGUUACUGUACUGUAUAAUAUUAAUACUGUACUGUAUAAUGUUACUGCAUGUACUGUAUAAUGUUAAUGUACAAUUUAUGUAUUUAAAUAUCAUAUAUUCUACGAUAUAUUCUACUCUAUCAUAUAUAUUCUAUAAUACAUAACUCUAUAUAAAGUAUAUUAUAAAUCUAUGCAAUUAUAAAUCUAUGCAAAUAUAAGUAUGCAAAUAAGUAUGCAAAUAUGAUAGCUAUGCAAGUAAGUAUGUAAAUAUAUGUACCAAUUACAUGUUUAUAGCAAUGACUCUGCU